AUGGGCAAAGGAGCACGCGGUAAGUCCUCUGCCUCUUCGGCCACUCGCAAAAAGCAUGCUGCUGCUGCUGCUGCAAAGCGCGGAGAGCUACCUCCCAAUGGUACACCAGAAGGGAACCCGAAGGCCAAAGGGCCGCAAGGGAAAAAGCUCUCCAAGAAAGAGCGCAAGAUGCUUGCCAGGAAGAAGGCGUAUGUCCCACCACCAAAGCCGCCACAACCACCGCCCUAUCCCCUCGACUCGAUGGGAUUGGCAAGUUUGCUACCGGCUGAUUUGGUUAUUUUGCUUCGAAAGGGCCUGAAAAAAGACAUUAUUACACGUGUGCGCACGCUUGAAUCUCUCCUUGCGUGGAUUCAGGGUGAGGCAUCCAGCCAGGAAGAGACGACUGCUGCGUUGCCGCCCUCUCCUGAAGAAAGAAAUGAGGCCUUAGCGUUGAUGUUACCGUGCUGGGCGUAUCUGUUCCCCCGUCUAGCUCUGUCACCUUCGCAGCGACUGCGUCAAUUGACGUUGCAGGUGCAUGAAGCCUUGUUGACCUUCCCACCUCCAUCGGAGGACGCUACAAAUCUUCGUGAGGAGCUACUUUCCUAUACUUACAUGCACGAGAUCCUAGGGUACUGGGCUGUCCUUACGUACGACACGAGCCGCACUGUCGCACGACAAGGUAUGCAACUUUGGAAAUCGUGUACCACGUGGACAACGACCGAAGGUACUCCUACACCUACCAAACUCUUGCUCGCAGACUAUGUGGAUACGCUAUUGGAACAUGUACGGCCUAUCUUGCUAUCGGAUAUGCCGAUUGCAGCCCUUGCACAGAUGACGCCGUCGCUACAAGUGUCGCCGGCGUCCAAAGAUGGUGGCGAAUGGGAUGCAAAGAGCCGCGAUGAUACCAACGUGGAUGAGAAUAUGGACGAAAUGAACGGCCGGAUCGUCGCGGGUGCGCUAGGUCUAGUCACUAUGCUGGCACAAACGCCUGGUGGUGUGUCUGACGAGAGCCUUGCGUCGUUGGCAGAGUCGCAUUCCAUGUGGACCGCCUUCCUAUCGAAGGAGGCUCAAACGGAGGGUGAGGGACCUGCUCUGGGCAAUGGUACCCCUGUGGCUCGCCAACGCGCCUGGGCCUUGCUUGCUCUUUUGAACCAAUCCUAUCCAGCGAUGGUCGAUGAACAUUUGGAUGUCAUUGUCCCACUGGCUAUGCAGGGUGCCUGGGCUGAACGUGACCCGUCCGUGAUUUGUGAUAUGCAGGGUGCUCUGCUACCACUGCUGAAGCGCAAGCCAGAGGCAUGGACCAUGCGGGAUGAGGACGACGACGACGAAAACGAAGGCAGUGACGACGAAGCCUCAUCGUCCAACACCACGUACCUGGCUGAGUUUCUGCAUUGGCUUCAAGUUGUCGCGCCAGCAUCGCCUAGCAAAUGCUUUCCAGCUGUGCUUGUAUUUGUAUCGACGAUGCCCGAGUCUGUCAUGCCACGAACAUCCACGGCGAUGGCCUCGCUGAUAGAGCCUAUGAUGGGCUUGGCGUCUAUUCUCUUGCAUGGUCUCACAGAUCCAUUGGCCUGGGACGCCUACGUGUCGAUGGUAGUAGAGUGCCUCACAUGGAUGUCGAUGCGUAUUCUUCGAUCACCUUCUGUGGACGCCGAGUGCGCUGCCGUGACGAUACAGCUGCUUGAAGAGGAGCUGGUGUGGGUAUGGCGCACUCUGCUUCUCUCGCAGGACCUGGAUCUGCCAUUGCGAUUGCGUAAGAAGAGUGCACGAGUCUUGGCUAAAGACAUUCCCAAGCUCAACCACCGAGAGCAUGACAUAUGGCUUUUAGCAACCCUUGCGAAGGCGAUGGAAGAGGACGUGCAGACAAUGGACCUCGAUACCAUUGCACCUGUGGUGCUAGAGUUCCUUACACAUGCGUGGAGCCCUUCCUUGACAGCACCAUGGCGUGAGACCAUAACGAACCUGGUACACACACUUACGGAGCGUCUUGUAGCCACAUGGUCAGAAUCGCAUGUGGAAUGGCUCUCACAGAUGCUGCAGAGCUCCUGGGCGAGUCUUCUUUUGCAAGGACCCUGUGCAGACACACUGCUGGUCUGGGCCACGGACGUUAUCCCUAGUCAUGUCGCAGAAUGGGACAAUGUGCACACCAUCAAAGCAUGGUAUGCCGCAUACCUCUCCCAUGUCGCCGAUACAUCCCCCGUAUGGCAUGCGUUGCUUCGGACCACAACGCACAUGCCUGCAACGUUGCUGCCUAUGGUUUUAGACCUGGCCACGCAAACGCCUCCAGAUGCAGCCACGGCGGAAAUGUGGCACGACUCGUUGAUGGACGAAGUGACGACACAUGCACCCACGUGGCGCUUGCUUCUUGACGCACCGCCCAGUUUGCACAGUGACAAGACAGUGACACGUCUUUUGCAAGCGCUUGCCUUGAAUAUCCAACAAGGCGAUGCUGAUGCACAGACAACUUCGUGGGAUGUGUUGGGUGCGUGGAUCGAGAAAGACCCAGCGCGUAUGGAUCGCCUCGUCUCAGACGAGACGCUGCAUUCUCUCGUUCCAAAGCUAUACACAACGGCAUACUUGGAUGAGACAGAUAUGACAGACCUGGCCGACACUUGGUGGACGCGUCUUGUGCAGAGCGCGCAAGAUCCUUCACCGCUGUACGCGCAAGCCGUGGUGGCAUUGCGAGAGGCACUCGCGCUUGGCACUGUACCUCCGACACAGUUGGUCCGUGCGACACAGCGAUUGCCGCACACCUAUGCGUCACAGGUAGCCCCCUCGCAUGACAUGCUUGCGGAGCUGGUGGACCAUGUAGCGCAAUGUGCCGUGGACCCAGCGUUGCUGAUACAUGACCCUCUUGUGCCGCUGGAAUCCACAGCGCCGCGUGCUUCUCCAGAGGACGUGGCCAAGCUGGUUCGUAUGGUCGAGACGUGCAUUGCGCUUUCGUCGUCACACAUCUCAACCCCCAUGCUGCUGAUGGCAUUGGUGUUGGCAGCCAUCGUGCUGGAAGAUACGCUCCUGUUGAAUGAUGCUCAGGUCGGUGCACCACUUGCCUCUCCCUCCGAGCCUGUUUGGCAAACGACGGUGCAGGCAUCGCUGGUUCGUGUCAUUCAAGCAAGUACACGCAUGCUCUCGACCUUUACUUCGCAUCUCUCCGAGGCGUGGCAUACGCACGCUGUUACCACCCUGACGGAAGGCCAAGCCCCGGACGAUGCUGCGCGUGUCUUGCAGGAGUGCUGGGCGUAUGCUAAAGAAUCAGGUGGCCUGCAGUAUGCGCGUGUAUUUGCACGUCUGCUCGCUGGUAUUCUUAGUCUGAGCUCCGCCUCGGCGCAUGAUGCAGAAGUGUGGGCCAAGACCGCGAAGAGCCAAACCAAGGCGCCCACGCCACUGCUUUGUGCUGUGCUGUAUGCCACGCGUAGCUACGCAUUUGAUACGCCCAGUGUCGAUCGAUGGCGCAACGAGCUGGCUGCACAGCUGAGCAGUGUGUCGCCGGCCUGCGCCAAUACAGAUGGUGUACGGUAUAUGCAAAUGCUGCAAUGCGCAACGGCGCCGCUCGAGUCUGGGAAGCCGAUCGUGCCGACGCAGCGUGCUGUGUUUGCGUUGCAGACAUUGCAGCGAUGGGUCGCGAGUGACGAAGACUUGGAUGAAGGUGUAUUUGUCCAUCUUGCUGCGCUGUGUGCCGAGCUGGCACCUGUUGUGCAGAGUGUGCCUGGUCGACAUCUAGAUAUGAUGCUUGAUGUGGUCGAAGAAAACAUUCAAGCCGUUACGUUGGAACUGCCUACAGGAUGGCCCACGCUGUAUACCACUUUGCGCUUGCUGGAGACGAUGUAUGCGUUGCGUACGCAGGAGCACGUGGCAGACUUGCUACGACAACGGGCUGAUGGCCUGGAAGAGGCGCUGUGUCAUGCGUUCACGUCGGCCUGCAAGUUUGCUGCCGAGUCUACACACGAUAUCAAUGAGCUGCAGCGGGAAUGCUGUGAGCGACUGGUGGCCCUGGUGGAAGAGCAUGUACCAGCGAAGCGUGUAGUGCAAGAAGACCUCACUACCAAGCUGGUGAAGCUAAUGGCGACGCCAACGAGUUACCGCUCGCUGCAAGUGGCCGCGUGGCAUACAUACCGGGAGGCUACAAUGGCUCGUGUCCGAGAUCAAGUUGUGGAGAUGUCGCUGGGCUCGCUGGGCGACAAGGCUUCGACGCCAGCCUUGGAUCCUGUGCUCAUGGCAGCGCUGACGCAUCAAGUGCCUGUGACAGCGGACAUGUGGACCGAUGCGUCGCCAGCGACGCGACAUGCCACGUUUUCAUUCUUGCUGCUGUGGCUCGCGGUGCUGGACCACUUUGUCGAGGCCUCGUUGCCGCUACGUACACUGUAUGCCUCGGCCCUGCAAUCGCAAGCGCUAACAAGCACGGUACUACUGCCCAGUGUCUUUGCGCUUAUGAACGGGCGUCCCCGCGCGCUCGACGGGAUUCCUGCCUUGGACGCCUCCCGCUUUGCGAUGGACGAUGUGCGGAUGGAAGACUUCAAUCCAACCUCGGCGCUAGGUCUGCAAGUACUGGCAUCGCACGUCUACUUCCGCACGCUCGUCCACUUGCCGACGCAGGUACGCGAUUGGUGGCUGAGUAUUCGUGACCGACAAAUGUCGUUGCAAGUCAGCCACUUUACAAGCAAGUUCUGCACGCCAUUGCUUGCGGAGCGUGAGCUGCGUCACUUGCGUGAUCCCGCCGCGUUGGCCCAGCUGCAAGACGAGGCGAUGACCAUCAAGGUCUUGUCGUCGAAUGAGGUGGUGGCUACGUACACGGUCGAUGAGCACCCUAUGGAGAUCGGUACUACCCAUUGCACGGCGUGGAAAUUCGUGACAUCAAGCGAGUAG